AAGUUCCAAAAAGUGAAAAUCAAAACAAAAAUCAUGCAAAGGUCAUUAAUUCCAUUUUUAACGGCUAUUCUUAGACAUAGAUCCUAUCAUGUUAUCUCGCAUAACAGAAGUAAUUUACAAAAUAUCACAAAGAGAAUUUUGCCGUCAAUAUCAAAUGUUCUCUAUCGCACAAUGUUCAUCCAGACACAAGAUACACCAAAUCCUGACAGUUUAAAAUUCCUUCCUGGUAAAGAUGUAUUAGGAAAAGGUAAUACAAUGGAUUUUCCACAGUCAAAAGAUGCUAUGAUAUCGCCAUUAGCUAAAUUAAUCUUUAGAAUUGAAGGUGUAAGAAGUGUCUUUUUUGGAGGAGAUUUUAUUACAGUCACAAAGCAGGAAGAGGCUGAAUGGGGUGUUUUAAAGCCUGAAAUCUUUGCUGUAAUUAUGGAUUUCUUUGCAAGUGGCUUACCAAUUGUUCACGAAAGAAAGGAUAAUGCAGUCACAGAAAUUGGUGAGGAAGACGAUGAAGUUGUGGCAAUGAUUAAGGAAUUACUAGAUACACGUAUUAGACCGACAGUUCAAGAGGAUGGUGGUGAUAUUUUAUUUGUUGGCUAUCAAGAUGGAAUAGUAAAAUUGAAAUUACAAGGAUCAUGCAGCACCUGUUCAUCCUCUAUAAUUACAUUAAAGAAUGGUGUACAGAAUAUGCUUCAAUUUUAUAUCCCAGAAGUUAUUUCUGUUGAACAAGUUAAGGAUGAAGCUGAUAAAUUAUCUGAAAAUGAAUUUGAGAAAUUAGAGCAGAAAAUUCAUGUAAAAGAGAAGGAAUCUGACAAAUAA